UUGGGGCAUCUACAGGUUCAUUUGGAGCUAAUCCAAUGUCAGGCGGAAGUGGUUUUGGUGGCCAACAACAAAAUACUGGAUUUGGAAUCCCUGGUGGAUAUGGUGCACAGCCAAAUGCAUUUGGUGGAAGUAUGGCUGGAAUGGGAGGUGCACAGUUUGGGCAACAACAGCAGAUGCAACAAUUUGGAAGUUGGCAACAAAGUCAACAGGCCAAUCCAUUCAUGGUAAGUACAUUGUGGCAGCUAGUAAGUCUUUUAAACCAUACAGUAAGUAUGAUCAGGACUUCAUUUUAUUUGAAUACACAGAAGUUUACAAUAAUAUUAUGAUACAUCAGACUCACUAUGAAAAAUCUGAUUGGUCGAGAGCAUUCAAUCAAUUCACAAUAGCUUGUGAACUUGACAUGAUAAAUGCAAUAUCUGCUGCAGAUAUUGCAUUUAUCAUGUCAAGUUCAACAUCUGCCUGGUUACCAACCCCUUUGGAGUGUUCUCCUCAGAAACAGAAUGGCUGAAUGUCUUCUUUUUCCUGUUGUUUAAAAAAUGUAUAAUGAAACAAUAUUAUUAUUGAAUUCGGUUUUCGCAUGAUAUCAUGAAUUAUCAAAACCUUGUGUCUGUAUUAUCUGCCUCACCCUUCGGCUUCGGCAGAUAACACAGACCUCGGUUUUGAUAAUUCAUGAUAUCAUGCUCAACCUUAUCCAAUAAUUAUUUAUUGUCUGACCCCACAAUCCUUAUCUCCAGGUUACUAUUACACUUGCUUGGCAUGUAUAAAGACAGCAUUUGUUUGGACUUCCAGUGAGAAUCAAUGGAAUACAUAGAACACAAUCUGGUUAUGCAUGUUUUGACCUUCAGUCUAUCAUGUGAAACUUAUGCAAACCUCCAUCAUUAGAGCUAGAAUACGAUCAACUCUCACCUGAAUGACACCUCUAUUAGAUCAAUAUCUGCCUAAUACAGACAGCUAGAGUUGGUGCCCAUUAUUUGGUCAUUUACCUUGACUCUAUAAGGUCCAACACUGCCAUCUUAAGAGACUGAACUGCAAAAAUGUUCUUGUUAAAUGAGUUAUUUCCGGGCUGCUGGCUCUACGCUUUUGGAUAUCUUUAAAAUAAUGAGACUCUCUAGGGGUGUUUCCAAUGAAAUCAACGUUGAAACAAUCGCUACUGAUGUAAUGAUGAUCUUAUGGAUUAAAGCAACAAUCACAUUACCUUUCCGAUCAAGUUUGACUAACUUAGUUGUGCAGUGAUGUCAAAGAAUCUGCCUAAAAGUGUUUUGCACUUUCGGAGUUUUUGUUUUGCUUAUAAACCUCAGGGUUCAUACAGUCUUGAAUUCUUGUCCAGCAAUUUUCCAGACAUGGAAAAAGUUUGGAAAACAGAGAUCAAGUCUGGAAAAAUGGGAAAGAGUCUUGAGUUUUUUUCAAAGCUGCAACAACCUUGCUUUAUUCGUAAUUAUUUUUUUUCGUUUUGGUGAAAUCUUACUCAAUUUAGCCCAUACGCUUGUGUUCCUGCAUUCAGUGUUUAAGGUCUCUAUUGAUCACCUAUUUAAUAACCUUGAGUCUGGAAAAGAAACUAUUGUUUUGGAAAAAGUCUUGAAUCUCGGAUCCCAAAAUCUACGAACCCUGACACCUGUUGCAUGUGUUAUUUUCUGCUUUCCUUGUCAUCAUUGUGGUUUCUUGAGCUCGCUAGUACCUUUACCAUGCAAAACAAUAAUUAUGAUAUGAGGCAGUUAAUUUUUCAUCAAAAAUCUGACCAUUUGAUGAAAAAUGCACAACAAAAACUAUGUCUACAGGUAUCCAUAGAAAGGCUCAAUAAUUUUGUCCACCGGUUAGUCAUCUCUGCCUGGGGAAAUUAUUGUUCAUUCUUUUAUGUUUCAGAAUGCUGGUCCACAGCAAGCUAUGCAGAGACAAGGACAGUCUACAAAUCCAUUUAUGUAGAUGACAAUGAAUAUUUGGAGCUAAUAUUUUUCAAAUGGCUAUAAUAGCUUCAUAAGUGGAUCAAGCAGAAAGAAAAUGAGCUCCAUUAACCAUGGAACAAGGAAGAAGCAUGCCAGCAAUAGGUUCUUAGAACAAUAAUAGUAUUGUAUCAUAAGUUGCAUUGUUUCCCCUACAUUAUGCAUAAUGUUUUUAUUAUUUGAAUGUACUCCUAGUUAUUCUAAUUUCCUGAAAGAAGGGAAUUGGAGCAUAGCAAAAAAAAGAGACUCCAUGUAGGUUUCAGCCCCCCAAAAUUUACUACUUUGUUGUGCUACUGAGUCUUUGAGACUAUGGAACUCUUCCACAGAAAGAGACAAAAUUGCGACCCUGUUCCACACAUUAUUAUAAAAGCAGGAAUACUGUUCAUGGUUGUGCUCUAGCAAAAGCCGGUGGUCCCUGGCCCCCAACUUUUGCUCUUGGGCACCUAGAAAAUCUCAGAUAUUUCAUACAAAUUAUAUGCUGGGCACCCCAGAUUUUACAGGUUCAGAUCGCUGGGCUCCCUUCAAUUUUCUUCAGAGUACAGCCUCACUGUUCCUGUGGCCGGCUCAAUGAUAAAACGAGAAGGGAAGUGUAUUUUUGUACCUAAACUGAAUAUACCCUUGCACAGUUUUUUCAACUUUUGACAUGAACCCUUUAAGGAAUAGCCUGUUCACAGACCCUCCAGUUAUUUUUCUUCCUCGCGCUCCGCACUCGCUCUCGCUCAGGUGCUCGCCUCGCUCUUGCUCACGCCGAUGUUUUCCAAAAGAACAGAAAGAAAAAUAAAACAAUGUCUUUGUGCAGGUUAAGGAAAAUCCAUCAACACCAUUAGAAAGAGCACCUAAAAAUAAGUAGACUUGCCAAGUUUUGGAGAUAUGGCUCCGCAAAGUUGCAAAGAUUUACCGAGAUUUGUGUGGUAGGGGGCAAGUAUGUUCCCUUAUUUCACGACUUUGAGGAGCUAUAACUUCUUUAGUUUUCAACAAAUCACUUUUAAACUUGGCAAUUUUACUAAUUUACAGGAGCUCUUUCUAGCGGAGUCGAUGGAUUUUCCCUAGCUUGUCCAUGUCAAAAGUUGAAAAAAAAAGUGUUAAAAGGUCUGUUGAGAAUAAUCAGGGAUUUUAGACGAAAAAUCAACCUGUCUAAAUGAAGUGAAAUAUCCCCCACUUCCAGAGCUAAAGGGUGAUUUUUAUACCAUGUUCCAUAGUUAUAGAGGAAUAAACAGUAUUCCCUGUUGAUUGGCGCAUACCCAUAUACUGUAUUUCCUCGAAUAAUAGCCGUCCCUCCAGUAAUUGCCUCCCUUGAAUAUAUUGCCCCUCCGCUUAAAUGGAAAUAUUAAAAAUAAUCGCCAGCCUCAAAUAAUCACGUCCCACCUCCACCCAUCUCACCAUCUUCUCUUUCUUUUAUACCCUCCCUGUCCGGUUGAAGUGGAGCUUAAUCCAGCUAAACUGAUUAGUGACAAUUCAAGGUUGGACGCCUAAGAUAUUGACAUUGUCAAUUAAUCAAGAAACCAAAUUUGGAACACUUAAAAAGCCCAUGUUCAGUUUAUUUGAUGUGAUCAAUUUUUGGUUUAAUGGGAUAAAACAAAAUAUUUGUGGCACAACUUCCAGUGAGCAAUAUUUGAAAUAACUGCGUUCCUCCAAUAAUUGCCUUCCCUCAAAUAAUCGCCCCCUGUUUGUGCAGAAAAAAUGAUAAUCACCCCCGGCUAUUAUUCGAGGAAUUCUGUAGUUGAAUGGUAACAUGGAUUUUGCCCUUACAAGUUAAAACAUUAGAGUGAGAAAUAGGCUUUACCUUACUAUAACAUGGCCUAGGCAUGACAAGGUUUAAACUGGGAGUUCUUUAUUGCUAUUGCUAGGUAGAGAUUGAUUGAUUUAGUGUCCAUAAAACCCUUGUUACAUUAGUUUAGUUGUAAGUAUUAUCUUUUUAUGGCAAUGCAACUGUGAUAUGAAUAAUAUUCAAGCUCAAGUAUUGGCCAGAUGCCUUGAAGACAUCCCCACCCCUUAUUUCCCCACUUGUCCCCAACCUCAUCUGAUGGGCAGAAUGUCUUUCCUCUUAUUGCUUAAAAAUGCCGUAGCUGCGAUGUGCAAAAACUGUAAGAGAAGUAAACACGAACUUUACUUAACUUUACUUAAAUAUGAAAGUAUAGUUUGUGGCAAAUUUCCAUUCCCACACAAGCAAAGUAGAUGUGCGACGUAAUAGUACAGUAGUUUACACAUCUGCUUUCCACUACUUGUAUCUCAUGUCGUUGUGCCCUUAUCAUCAUACACCCGUGGUAUUGGGUUAGUCAUGAGAUACCGGUAAAUCUUUUAAAAGUAAUUAUACAUUAAUUUUCAUGGUAAUUCCAUUGUCUUUUAUUUGUCAAAUAAUUGAUAUAUAAUAUUGAAAUAUAAUUGUUGAUGUAAUGUUAUGUAAAUUCCCUUGUUUUUUUGUUGCAGUGUGAAAUGUCUUGUGAUUCAAUUCAAAACAGUUAAAAUUAAGCUCAGCUCUUGCUUUGCAAUUGCCUUCCAUAGAACACUGUGUUAUAUUGGGCUAUUCCUUUUAAUAUCUACCCCCCCCCUCCCCCCACCUCCUGGUUGAGGACUUACCUUUUUUUCUUACCUUUGAAGAAUUCCAUAAAAUUGCAUUCACCCCUGAAGACUUUCAUAAACUGUGGGUCUACCCACGAAGAAUAUGGGUUUAUCCCUUAAUAAUCUCGUGAAAAGGUGAGUUUUCCUUGUUUACUUCUGAAGAUGUUGUUGAAUAUUAAAGCUUUACCCACAAAGAAUGCCAUAUUUUUUUAACUUCAACCCUAAAGAAAUCCUCAAUUUUUUUAAUUUACCCUGCAAGAAUUCCACCGGUUCUCAAUCAGUGGAGGGUUGUGGGGUGCUGGUAUUAUAAUGCAAUAGCCCAUUGAUAAGAGUUAAGCCCUUUCAUCCCCAAGAGUGAUCAACAUCAAUUUUCUCCCCAAAAUGUAGAUAAAUAAACGAUAGAACAGGUUAUGAGAAGUCUUGAAAUGAUCACCAAAGGAAUAUUUCUUUUAUCAACUUGUCUCAACUGAUUUUUUAAGGAAAUGUUUAGAGAUCAAUCUGGAAAAUUUGUAAAUGGAUAUAGCGUGACCAGCAUUUAUUUUCUCUUAACAAUAUCAGUCCAUCAUUAAGCCAAAAGGUUGUGAGAAUUAAUAAAAUGAUCACCGAAGGGAAAAUACUUUGAUCAGAUCUUUUAUCAAAUUCUCCCCACUAAUUCUUCAAAUUUUGUAUGAAGAUCAGUCUUGGGAAUUUUGUAUGUUGUUAUUGGGGCUUGGAGGGUUAAGGUGGGCAAAGAUUUUCA